CAGUGAUCUCGUGGCUGCCCCCGGACCGGUACCGGAGCCAGUGGACCAUGUGGUGCGCAGUGAACCGCCCGCUGUCGGUGGGCCUCCUGGCGACAGCGCUCUGUGUCGGGGUCCUGAGUGAGGGCGGUAACCCGGAGACUGCCUCCCCGACGCCGCCGGCCUCGCUGGUCGGCACUCUGGACCAGCUGUGGGCGUUCGUGGAGCGGCUGGAGGGCGCCGCUGGCCGGGCCGUGCUGGCCGGACUGGACAGCCGGCUGGAGCAGCUGCACGGCCGGCUGACGGCCCAGCUGGCCGGCCUCGCUGAACGGCUGGACGGCUGCCGACCGGACGCCGAGCUGGCGGCCCGUGUCAGUGAGCUCUGCAGAGGGAGGGAGGACAGCGGUCGGCUGGAGACGAUCUCUGCCCGGCUUGAGACGCUCUCUGCCCGACUGGAGACGCUCGCUGCUCAGCUAAACCGAGCUCACUUGAAGCCCGCACCGCCCCGCGACUGCAGUGACCUACUGGCCGGCUCCCAGAGCGGCAUCUACUUGCUGCGGCCCGGUCUGGGGGCCGCCGGAGAGGUGCCCGCCUACUGCGACCUGGACACGGACGGCGGACGGUGGACCGUCAUCCAGCGCCGGGCCGAUAUCGAGCCCCGCGAGGACUUUUACCGAGAGUGGGCCGCCUACAAGGAGGGAUUCGGAGAGCUUGAUGGUGAAUUCUGGUGGGGCCUCGACAACAUGUGGACCAUGACAUCACCCAGAGAUCGGCAAUACGAACUGCGUAUAGACUUGGAGGACUUUGAAGGUGAACGGAGACAUGCUAUCUACCAGAACUUUCGUAUCUCCUCUGAAUCGGACGGAUACCGGCUCAAUGUUGUGAACUACACCGGAAACGCAAGCGAUGGGCUGGCACAUCACGUCGGCAUUCGCUUUCAUACCAAAGAUAGAGACAAUUUUAGAGGAUGUGCUGCGGACUACAAGGGCGCCUGGUGGUACAACAACUGCCACGACUCGAACCUGAACGGCCAGUACCUCGCCGGGCCGCACACAACUCACGCCGAUGGCGUCAACUGGGAACUGUGGCGAGGCAACAAGUACUCGCUGAAGGCGGCCAGCAUGAAAAUCAGGCCCACCAGGAAGGCUCUGAAUGCGACCUGAUAAGUGAUAUACAUUAUACAUGUACCUACCUGCUGAUUUUGUUUAUUUGCGGAACAGUUCAAAUAUGUUUCAUUACGAUCAUGAGUUAUGUACGUUUGUUAUUCGUGAGCCAAAACAUGGGCACGUGGUCUGUAACAAUAAUUACGACCUUAUGCUGAACAGCACUGGAGUGUUCAUAUUCCAUAACGCGAGCAAUUUAGAGGGGAGGGGGACCGGACAGAGCUCCCCUGCUAUCUCCGAGUUGCCGACGACUUCCCGCAUAUCUCGUCCGGUCCGCAGCCCAAAGUUUGCCCGCCUUUGCUGCAAACGGUGGCAGCUGCCUCUGUGUCGGCAGCUGGUCACCCACUGACCCGGCCGGUGCCGGGCCAGUCGGCGGCCGUCCGGGACGCCGGGAGCCGUAUGUGCGCCGUCUGACGGCACCUGCUCCACCUGCGGCGGUCGAUAAGGUGACCGGGCGGCCGUCUGGAGCGGCGACCCUGGCAUCCUCUGACGCUCAGCGCCCCCCCCCCCCGACCUCGGCUCUCCCGGCCCCGACGUCCUCUGACCUCAGCGCCCUCCCCGGCCCCGGCGUCCUCUGAUGACCCCCCCCCCCCUGUGGUACGCCACGCCCCGCAGCAGCAGACGAAUGUCGGUGGCGCCGCUUCCUGAGAAGUCAUACUGGAGCCAAGGGAUAUUAUUUACAUAAAUGAUGGUAUUCUGUGCACUGUCAAACCUCAUAGGGUGGUAUACCAUCUUUGGUGGUUCCAGAUAUAAUGAGAAGCAAUGAUUUUAUUUGUCUUGUACGGAAUAAAUUGGUCACGUUAAA